AUGCUUAACAAGUUCAUCGACGUAAGGGACCGGGAUUCCUACUCAACAUUCACAUCAGCAACUGGCAUCAGCAUUCUCGCAUCCUUCCUCACCGAAGAAACCGACGACAUGCGUAAGGGUAGUCGACCACCGCCUCUGAACCUCAGCAUCGUCACGAGGCCGAGAUCUCUACCACGGCUAUCAACUACACCAAUUGCAAGGGAGCUUACACCUCUACUCACGCCCCUACCUGAAGAAGUCGAGGAGCCGACAGGCGCUGGUAUCAGAGCCGUUAGGGUCGCGGUGGAUUUUAUGCAGAUUGUUUCAUGCCUGCUUGUCAUUUUGAUGCUGGCCAUCUUUCUUAUUUCGUAUUCUGGAGCUGCAGUUUCCAGCCAUGGCAUCAGGGCGUUUGUUCUCAUCGCGGCUCUCACCUGUGAUGUAGGCCUUGGCAUGUGGUCUAUCGUGCACCACGACAGACCCUGGACCGGCCCCGCAGUCCUGCUCCGGACACUCACAGCGUCAGUGCUCCUCGGCAGCCUAGUAUCCUCCCUCGCAGUGGAAGGGGUGUUCCCGUCAGACUACUCGUACUGGGGCCUGCCUCUUUCACAAGCUGGCGCACCUGUACUGGGUCUCGUCUCUGCUAUCUUGGGAUGGGAUCUUGUUCAUGUCGUUCUGUCUCAACGAACUAUCGAGUGCUGGGCCCGUAUGUGCUCCUGGGGACACCGGCAGAUGCUUCGACGUCGAUGGCUAUCAAGCAGGGGACACAGAAGGGGACGAAGCGGACCCUGGUGGUUUAACUCGCGGCAGACAGCCUUGGAAAAGCGAGGCUGGACCUGUGUUUCGGUCUCAUGA